AUGACAACCACAGAAGGCACAUUCAAGGCGGGCGAUGCAAGCCUCUACACCAAGACGUGGACGCCGACGACGGGCCCCGUUGUCGCCAAGCUCAUCUUCGUCCACGGCUUCAGCGAGCACAUCAACCGCUACAACGACUUCUUCCCCAGGCUCGCCGAGCAGGGCAUCCAGGUGUUCGCGUGGGACCAGCGCGGCUGGGGCCGCAGCGUGAAUCGGCCUGCGGACAAGGGUCUCACCGGCCCAACCGCGCUGGUCGUGGCCGACAUUGUCGCCUUCAUCCAGGAGAAGCUGCCGUCGGACGUGCCGGUGUUUGUCAUGGGCCACUCCAUGGGCGGCGGCGAGGUCCUCACGCUGGCGGGCGAUGCGAAGCACCGGCAGCUGGUGACUCAGAUCCGGGGCUGGAUCCUCGAGGCGCCCUUCAUCGGCUUCUCCAAGGGCGAGGAGCCCAGCGUGGUCAAAGUCGUGCUGGGGAGGUUGGUCGGGCGACUGCUGCCGCGCCAUCAGCUCAAGCAUGUGGUUCCGCCGGAGCACUUGAGCCGCGAUCCGGCGGUCGUCGAGUCCAUCAGGAACGACGAGCUGUGCCACAACACCGGCACGCUGGAGGGCCUGGCGUCGCUGCUGGAUCGCACGGCGUCGCUUUCAUCCGGAGGGGUGAAGCUGGGCGGUGAUGUGAAAUCCAUCUUGCUGACUCACGGCACGAACGACAUGACUUGCAGUUAUGAUGCGGCUGUCAAGUUCGUCAAUGAGCAGGCGGCUGUUGAGGACAGAGAGACUAAGUCGUACGAAGGCGCAUAUCACCAGCUUCACGCGGACCACUGCAAGGACGAGUACACAAAGGACGUGGUUGACUGGAUCCUGAAGCGAUCUAGAAUCGAACCGAAGCUGUAA